AUGUCCGUACGAGACGUCUACAGCAAUAUUUAUUCAACGUUCCACUCCAUGCGAGAGUACCUGGCUCCAGUCCUGAAGCAUUCGAAAUUCAAAGAAACAGGAUGUCUUACUCCUGAAGAAUUUAUUGCUGCUGGUGAAUUCCUUGUGUACAAGUGUCCUACUUGGUCAUGGGAAGGAGGAUUGCCUGAGAAACGUCGAGAUUAUCUUCCCAAUGAUAAGCAGUUCUUGGUCACUCGAAAUGUGCCAUGUGUACGCCGUGCCAAGCAAAUGGAAUACACAGCCGACGAGGAUGAUGUGAAACAAGUUGACAAUGAUGAAAAGGAUGAGGAUGGUUGGAUGUAUACUCAUAGUUCAAGAGAAACCAAGACAAUGGACGAGAUAGCUCAGAUCAUCAUGGAUGAAGAGGAGGAAAUCAAAAACAGUUUGGACAAGCUGGAUCUGGACAAGGACAAAGAGAUGCCACUCGAAGCGAUUCCUGACAUUGAUGAUAUUCCCGGUAUUGAUGAUGAAGAUGACCAAGUCGUUGAAGAAGAUGAUCCUGCUACAGCUGCUCCUGCUACGACGAGUACAGAAGAUGAUGGCGCAAAUGAUAAGAUCUUGCAAGUGCGGACCUAUGACGUCUUUAUUACUUAUGACAAGUACUAUCAAACACCCCGAAUGUGGCUCUUUGGUUAUGACGAGCAACGUCGUCCAUUACCUUCCAGCCGUGUAUUUGAAGAUGUGGCUCAAGAUUAUGUGAAGAAAACAGUGACGAUUGACACCCAUCCGCAUCUCAAUAUGAAUCUGGCUUCGAUUCAUCCAUGUCGUCACGCGGAAGUGAUGAAGAAGAUUAUUGAGCGAAUGGGUGACGGAGUCUCGGCCGGUCUUGCGGAGAAGGAUCAAGAGGCUGGUAUUCGUGUAGAUCAAUAUCUUAUUAUCUUUCUCAAAUUUAUGAGCUCGGUGGUCCCGACAAUUGAUUACGAUCAUACCAUAAGCACCUGA